AUAUUAAACGCUCAACAACUUCUGUAUUUCUGUCUUGCCCGUAUGAAAACGAGCACCUCACUCACACGGAUGGGAUGAUGGCGUGCUUGGAUGCAUGGGAGGCCACGAGGAAAGCUCAAGAUGAUUAUGAAGAAGACGAAAGCGACGGCAAUGAGAACGAUGAUGACGACGACGGCGAUGAUGAUGAUAAUGAUGAUGAGAGACUUUGAUGCGGAGAGGCGAAGGAAUCAUUGAAAAAACUGUGCAGGUGAAACUUUUACCACACACGUUCAUAAAAAUCAUGAACGACCUGUCAGCCCACCGGGCAGCUCUACAACUUAUGAACCAACGAACGAACGAACCAUCCAACCAACCAACCAACCAACCAACCAAGAUGAUCCGAUCCCCGGCGGCACAUCUUGUUCACAUCUUGACGUUCCAUGAAUGGUAAUAGGGCCGGUGAGAUUGAGAACAAACGAGGGGACUUGAAAAGACUUUACUUGGCCAGGGGAUGGAUCUCAAGGGGAAAAACAGACGGAAAAGGAGAAAAAAGGCGUGUGCGGAAAGAGUGAUAAAUUUGCCAAUAAAUUUCCUCCUCAAUGCCUAGUUGCACAACUCAGGAGGCGGAUUGAGGAGAGCAUCGCUUUCCCACUUCUUUUGACUUGUUCUUCUUCUUCGGGAGAUCAAGCUAGAGCUCUAGAUCAAGCCAUCUGAAAUGCAUCGUAUUCUGAGAGUGGUCGAGGAUUGAGGGAGGUCAUCCGAAGGAAGCCUCAUCUCUAUUCUCCCCUUGCCCUUGUUUCCGUACAUUCCUCUAAAGAGGUCAAAGUGCGGAUAUGCGAGUCCAACGCACUCACCAACCAUCUCACAAAAGCACAUAAGCACAUGCACGCAUGCUUUGCUCAUGGAAAGAAGAGGACUUGGCUGAUGGUUGGUUGGAUGGUUGGUUGGUUGGAACUAGCCCAUGUUGUGAUGGAAAGUCAUUGUGCUCUGGCGUGAUUACAAGUCCAAAAAAAGACGACUGCUGAUGAUGGGUGGUCGGUCAAUGGUUGAUAGGUGAGUGGGUAAGUUCUUCCAUCUCAAGUCCUAAGCUCUGGAGUUCGUGUCCGAGAUGAAAGGUCAUCUCCGGAGUGGUCUCUCUCUAUGUACGUAUAUGAUGGUAAUGAUGUUGUUGCUGUUCUUGAAGGAGGACGACUUGCAAUGGUCUUCCAUGGGGAGUUCUGGGUGGCUUUGAGAGGCAUCGAGGUCAGAACUUCAAGCUUGGCCGAGGUGUCAAGGGCUUCGGAGAAGAAGGCCAAAGAAGCUCCCGAUGUUUUCCCUGCCAGAGAGGACUGUUCCUGCUGACUUGAGCUUUGACCCCUCCCCUUUUUGGGCCUGCGUCCAGGGUGUCGCCACCAAUCACGUGUCCGGCACCUCGUUAUCACCACUCCACUCCUCGACACCCAAAGUCUCUUUCUUUCUUUCCAUCUCUCUCUCUCCCUCUCGCACACUCAUUCUCUCCCCUGGCCCUCUCUCUCUCUCUCUCAUUCUACACCUUCCUUCGUUCUUCUUCGUUACUCCACGUCUUCUUCGCUCUUUUUCCAACCAAGUGUGUUUUUGAGCACCCAAAAGGCUGGCAGCGGCAGCGCUCAGCCACCAACACCACCAUCACCACUUCUUCGUCCAACACCACCACCACCACCACAACGAACACGCCAGAUGAACCAGGAGAGGCAGAGUGGGUUCAUGGAGGAGAUCGAGUCCAUCCACAUAGAGGACACACUCUUCUGGUUCCUUCCUUCCUUUUGAGAAGCGUCCGAGCAUUCACUCUUCCUCACCCACACCCAUCCCCAUCCACCCAUAGAGAGAAAGAGAGAGACAGAGAGACAUAGUAUAUAGUAUUUGCAGUACAAUGCUGUAUACGAACGUCCGGGCGUACACGCCCGGAGGCUCAAUCCAAAAGGAGUGAGGAUCGAGUCGGAACCAAAAGCCGAAGAACAACAAUAUCAGCGGGGAAGAGGGCUAGAAGAAUCGGUAGAAUGUAGAAUUGGGGAACGAGGAGGUGCUGCUGGUGGUGGUGGACCUAGAGCUGCUGUUCUUCUCGAGGAGGAGACCUCGAACCAUGUGUGGGUAACAAGUGAAGGCGAGAAGAGAUGUCGCUCUGAGAGUGUCGAAGACAGCGGCGACGACACUCUCGGUCCUCCAUCAGAGGCGCCUCUGGCAAGCACCCCACAAAAUAACCGAGCUCCUUCCUCGAUCCUACCACCGUCGAGGAGGGCACAGAAGACAGACAACUGGAUCGAGGGAACGAGAACGAAGCCGGAGAAGGAAGCAGAAGGAGGAGGAGGAGGAGAAGGAGGAGGAAGAGGGGAGAAGAACGAGAAGAACGAGAACGUGGAGGAGAAGGAGAAGGAGGACACACUUAAGUGUUAGUUGGGGCGCCGUGCGGGAGAAGAGGCCUUCUUUGCAUGCUGGUGGGCCAAUUCUUACACUCUUGUGUCCAUUUCUCCAGGUGGUGCUGGGGAAGACUACUCCCGACUCCCAAAGAGUGUUAGAACUGGAAGUCCUUUUACGGAGUGAGUGGUGGCAUGGUGUCGCGUCUUCGCCAGUGUCGGCGACAACGUCUUGGAUCUUCGGAAAUCCCCCCUCCUCUCGCCUCUUCUCUUUCCCUUUCGUCUCUCGGCCUCUCCAUCAAAUCGCUUCAAUUGCCGGUGAUAGUGUCACUUUGUCAAAGACUUUUCUCAGCCCAAGUGUGUGUGUCCCCACCCUGUGGAAUUAACUAGACUCUCGGAUUGGGACCCUGGUCCCCAACCAUACCCAAGACCACAUUGCAUUGAUACGAUCAUACAAUCGAAAUCAACCAUCGGCAUUGAACACGACUGAACUUGAACCCAUGCCGAUGGAUCAGUGAAUAUCGAUAUGCCAUGAAUGUGUGCGACAUUAUGCGGUUCAAGCCUGAGCACCUACCUCAUUCAGUCACAUCACCCACAACUAUCGAGUCCCCCGAUCCUCCCUCGAGCCCCGUGGCCUCUCCCAAGCGAGACGACCUCUCCCCAUCGGCCACUCGCUCCACAUCCAUGACCUCAACCACCAAAGAAACCAACUCAUACUCAUCCCCCUUCAUGUCGCCCUCCAUUCACCAUCGGGGUAGUCCACCCAACAAUGGACCAUCACCCAAAUCUCCAGGAUCUCAAAGCAAGAGCUCGGACUUUAGUGUGAACUCCCUGCUGACUCCACCUCCGGCGGGUUAUCCCCUCCCGGGCCUGCCGGGCCUGAAUCGAUCCUCGAUGUCUUUGUCGAGUGCGUUUUCCCCGGCGGCUGGAGGCCUCUUCCCCAAAUUCCCCGGGUUUGGAUCGCCUCAUCCGGGAUUCUUUGGGGCGGGCAUGGGCGAUCCCAUGGCGUCCAGUAUGAGCCCCAUGGAGGAAGAUGGAGUGCAGGAUGACCCGAAGGUGACCCUCGAAUCCAAAGAGCUCUGGAUGCAGUUCCACCAAUUGGGAACGGAGAUGGUGAUAACGAAAUCAGGAAGGCAAAUGUUCCCCCAAAUGAAGUUCCGAGCCUCCGGAUUGGAUCCCAAGUCAAAAUACAUCCUUCUACUCGACAUUGUGGCAGCCGACGAUUACCGAUAUAAAUUCCACAACAGUCGAUGGAUGAUUGCGGGUAAAGCAGAUCCAGAAAUGCCAAAGAGGAUGUACAUUCAUCCCGACAGUCCGGCUACGGGCGAGCAAUGGAUGCAAAAGGUGGUGUCCUUCCAUAAACUGAAACUCACCAACAACAUCUCGGACAAACACGGAUUCUUUUCCUCCAACCUGUCAUCUCAUCCUGCCAAUCAUAGUCAAAAUUCGCAGGGUGUUUCAAUAACGAUUCUAAAUUCGAUGCACAAGUACCAGCCCAGGUUUCACCUUGUCAGAGCCAAUGACAUCUUGAAGUUACCCUACUCCACGUUCAGGACGUAUGUCUUCAAAGAGACUGAAUUCAUCGCAGUGACCGCUUACCAGAACGAAAAGAUUACCCAAUUGAAAAUAGAUCACAAUCCCUUUGCCAAGGGCUUCCGAGAUACAGGAGCCGGAAGCAAAUCACAGAAAAAGCGGCCUGGGGGCAUUGGCACCUAUGGUGGAUCCUCGCCCAAUCCAGACGAAACCUACCACAAACUCCCGGCCUCGUUCCAUCAUGGUGGGUUCCAUCGAUUCGCCAGUCAACAUCCUCACAGUUCCUCGCACCAUUCUGAAGGUGAAGAGGACGAGGAUCGCGUGGACGUGGUGGGAUUCCGAAGACAUUCGCCUAAUGGUCAUUCAGAGAACAAUAACGGAGAUAAUCAUUUGUCAGCUUUCAAACUGGCCCAUGAAGCAGCCAUGAGCGGGGUAGCAGCAGCCGUGGCAGCGGCAAGCAAGUCCUCUUCAGUCGUGGAUGGCAGCAGUCCUCCGAGUCAAAACGUGAGUCUGGGCCCACCCUCACACCCUCCCAAUUUCCCCUACCACCAUCUCCUACCAGGCAUCUAUCCACCGGGUCUCCAACACCUCCAUCACUUACUCAGUCAAUCGGGUGCCGCCACGGGAACGCCCUCGCCGCCUGUUCUCAGUCUCCCUGGCUUGGCCGGCUUAGCUAAUCACCUCAAUCCCAUGCUUUUAAACGCUCAGCUAGCCCUGGCAGCCCACCACAAUCCAUUGUUGGCCUCGGCCUAUGCCAACUUGAACUCAUCCGGCCUCGUGGCGGCCUCCGCAGCAGCCGACCGGCUCCGACAAAAUCGCUUCUCUCCGUACCCAUCGCCUGGCGCGAAUAGUUCGGCUAGUACCCCGAACCCGGGACCUACGAGCCCCACCAUCUCGGCGGGCUCAUCGGGCGGGUCAGCUUUUGAAAGUGUGGUACCCCGAGCCUUGAGCCCCGGAUCGGACUCCGGUCAUCCAUGUCCCAAGUCGAAGGCCAGUGACUUAAUGUCGAUCGAGAAGAUGGUCAACGGUCUAGAUAGCAAGUCAAAAACGCUCCCCGAAGGAGACGUCAAACCAAAGCCUGCAAUUCUGGCCGAGUAGCUUGGCCUUCAAUUUGGAGACGAUGCUGAAAUCGAUCCGGAAGACUACAUAUGUGGCACGUUGAAAGUGAUGUUUGAAUGUAUAUUUAAAAAAAAUAAGUGUCCUGUGAUAUCCAUUUCUGGCAAAAGAUCAGUAGUAAUAAUGAUGAAAUUAUGUCCAGGCAAGUGAGCCAAGAGAAGUUGUUUUCGCGCAUUUCUUGCCUGCUAUUGAUCCCUUAGAGUAAUAACGAAAAUUCAAGCGCAACAUUGGGAAAUGAAUUGGAAGGCUUUGUACUGACUCAAGAUUUCUCCCCAUUUAAGAUGGUCAAUAUGGCCCAAGUGGCAAAGUGUGGCUGAUUCUCCCAUUUCUUAUAUGAGUCUAUGAACGGCUCUCAACAUGGUCGUUGACGGUUAAGAUGAAAGCUGAAAUUUCUUGAAAUAUGUCAAUCCACUUGAUAAGUAAGUUGUUUUCCCCCAAAACGCCAUCGCAUCUCACAUAAAACCUGUAUUUGGACUUUGAAAUCCAUGAAAAACGUGAAUGAAAGUAUUCCCAAGGCUCAACACUGGUUUCUAAACAAGGGAGCAAUAAUUUCUUGUUUUCUUCUGGAGGAGUCUGGCUCAUUUUGUGUUCGGUAGUUAGAAGUGUUCGUCUCGAAAAAGAGCUACUUAACUGAAAUUUGAUCCACGUGUCCUUCAAAACAGAAAGCAAGGCUUCAGUGAAAGAAUGUUCAUUUGGUGAAUAAAAAGAAAUCCACCAGCUGUUAUCCAUCCCAACAUCGUACAUACGUACAUGUAGAUGAGACAUCCAUCGAAUACUCUCCCUUACUCUUCAUGAUUCAUGUGGUCUCAUGUGUUUCCAUAGCUUGAUUUAAAAGCAUCUUCCCCACACAUCCAUUGUCGAUUUUGGUCACACUAAUCCAUUGUUGUCGAAUGGAACGAACAAUAAACAAAUUAUUCUAAAG